AUGGAGCAACCGACUGCUCAACCCGUGUUUCCCGUCGCCAACGCUACGGUUCCCUUUUGGCGCACCGAGCUGCACGAGCUCGACUCUCAUCGAAGCACUGAAGAGCUUCCUGCCGAGCAGGAUGUUGUCAUCAUCGGCGCCGGCUUUUCUGGAACCACUUGCGCAUACUAUCUGACUGACGACAACGCUGAGUCGCCGAAGAUCACAAUCUUGGAGGCUCGUGAGGCCUGUUCUGGUGCCACGGGCAGAAAUGGCGGUCAUUGCAGACCCGACUUGCACGUGGGAUUCGCCACUCGUCGCGACAACAGGGGCUUCGAGGCAGCAAAUGCAGUUGCCUGCUUUGAGCUUGCCAACCUAGAAGCUGUCACGGCACUGGUGCGCAAGGAGCAGAUCGAGUGUGAUUUCGAGGAAGUCACGUCGGCCAAUGUCUAUCUCGACGAGAAGCAGGCCCUCUCCGCCAAGGAGAACUUGAUGGAGAUGAAGGAGCUCAGAUGCCCGACUGCCAGCUUGGUCAAGUACCACGGCCCAGAAGAGGCAGAAAAGGUCUCGGGCGUCAAGGGCGCAAAGGCCGUCACGACUUUCCCGGCAGCCACGAUGUGGCCCUACAAGUUCAUCUUGCACUUGCUUUCGAUUCUGGUCGCCAAGGGUGUCAAUCUGCAGACCAACACACCCGUCCUCAAGGUUUCCGAUUCGGCAGAUGCCGAUGGAUACUGGACCGUCACCACCUCGAGAGGUGACAUCAAGACAAAGAAGGUGGUCUUUGCCACUAAUGGCUACACAAGUGGUCUGCUGCCCGAGUACAGCCAGAUCAUCCGCCCCGUCCGCGGCACCUGCAGCCGCAUCACCGUUGCCAACCCCGGCCCUCCCAUGGGCAAGCUCAAGUCCAUGGUGCAGUACUAUGGACCCAAGACGGCCGAUUAUCAGGCCAACCGCGCAGAUGGUAGCUUUGUCAUUGGCGGCGCCUGGUCCACUUGCAGAUUUAAGCACGUUCAGCAGUGGCGUGAUGUCGUGGAUGACUCCCAGACUGUGCCUGCCGCAGCUGGGUAUUUCGACGACUUUAUGGAGAGGACCUUUGUUGGAUGGGAUCACUCCGAGUCCAAGGUUGACAAGCUGUGGGCUGGAAUCAUGGGCUACACCGAGGACAGCGAGCCGCACCUUGGCAAGAUUCCGAACAAGGAGGGUCUGUUCAUCUGUGCCGGUUUCAACGGCCACGGAAUGCCGCUAGUCUUGCUCUCUGCAAAGGGUGUCGCCAACAUGAUUAAAGAUGGCAUUGAUUUCUCAGAGACUGGAAUCCCAUCCAUUUACGAGACGUCCACGUGGCGCCUCAACAAGAUCACAGAGGUCCCGGUCUAG